UCUCGCAACAGAGGUAUUAGUUUUCUUGUGAAAUAUUUCCCGCUUUGGAAAGUGGAGGCUAAAUUCACAUUAGGAAAUUUUACUGGUACUGUUUUCGACCGUGAUAUAAUCUAAAAGAUGUUUUUUUUUUUAUAUUCGUCUAGCUUUCUAUAGAACACAACAGACUAUCUUUAGAUAUAUAUUUUAACACAGCAGUAACGUUAAACAGCAAUCCAUGAGAGGUAACAAAUCAGAACGAAAAAGAAGAACAAAUGGUAGAAAAAAAAAAAAGGGGGGGGAAAACACGCGCUCGGACACCUGGCAGCGCGACCGAAGCGCACUUGUUGAGCCGAUGUUAGCGACGGAAGGAAAACACACGCGGAGUGAUCGAGCAUCCUGUGAGAGCAAUAGUCCGGCCCUUGCACGCCCUUUGUCAUGCUCGAGCCCCUCUACUCCCCUCUCCUGCAGUGUCAUGGCCGCCCAAUAACCCUAGGGAGACGCAGGCCCGAAAUCCCGCACAGGAGGAUCUAGUCAGAGAGUGUGUACAGCGAUUCUCUUCCGGAGUGCGCCUUCAUGUAUUCCUAAGCAUGCACACAAUAUGGAUGCGUGGAGCGAGCGUGAGUAGUACUGGCGGGAGUGGCAUCGGCAAUACAGUGACCAUGGGGGGCGGCCUUCCCCUCUGGAUCCCUUAUUGCACGCAAUCGGACAGGCGCGUUUCCACGACUUCGAACGAAUUCUCUGGAAGAGGAGAAUGUCUCAAGCUGAUCCGGGAGCUCAACCGAGAGACCUCUCACCACCGGCACCUGGCAGUAGGCCUCGGAGGAAGUGGCGACUGCGAGCGCCUGAGGGACGAACUCAAGAGGUCGAGACGGAGGGCUCAGGACCUCGCCAGACAAGCAAAACUCAAACUAGACCCUCACUUACAAGAUGUUGAAGCUGGAAAGCCAGAGGUGAUCCGUCUGUGGCGUCUGCUGUUCUGCUGCAUCCGCGUGCUGGAACAAGAGAUGUUGCGAACCCUAACUCUGCAACACACCUUCACCUUGCACGUGGGGCCAACGGGUCUCAUCAACACGGGCGUGAACGAGUAUGGGCAAGGGUACCGCGGCGGAGCGUCCAUUGACAACAUGGACCUGCCUCUCGACGACAGACUAGCCCUCGAGAGAGCCGAGGUUAACCAACUCCACAAAGAACUCAUCGACCUGAGAAAUCUGAUAAACGCUAUGGAGGGAAAUCUAGACUUGAAGCCCUGGAUUUUAGGGGAAAUAACUGAAAAGCAAAUUCUGGCGGCCAUUGGCGAAGACUCGACUUCGUGCCUAGAAACGAACGAAGAUUCCGGCCUUUCGGACAUGGAAUCGGAGGGAGGAGGCAGCGAAACGAGUGUCUGUCGGCGCCGAUGUUUUUGCUGGAUCAUGACCAUCAUUUUUGGCCUCCUGGUGUUCACUUUUGUGGGAAUUUUCAUCGCCAUCGCCUCAUAACGUCCUCACGAGUCAAAAUAAAUUGUCUUCCUCAUCGUAGUCAUAACUUUACACAUUUUUAAGUUUAUGUAGACUGGGAACUCUCGGUGAAAAUAAGUGAGAUGUUUAAUUCAUUAUUUUAUUAUUAUUAUUAUUAUUAUGUUGUUUAAAUAUACAUUUUUAAGAUUUUACUAGUGUGCGUGUAUAGUAUAAAUGAUUUAUUCCAUUUUUCCCUAGGCACUGUAGUGAAGUUAGAAAUACUUUGUAAUUUGUCUUACCGAUCAUGCAUCGCACAAAUGAAUCAUUUUACAGCAACGAAACAUUAUUGAACGAGAUAAAUCAGUGUCUUUUACUGCAUACAUUGUUCCUGCUUAGAAUGGUGGCUAUUUAGCAGAUGAUCACAACCCUUGUAAAUCUGGAAAGAAAUGUGACUGUAUUGUUUUAUACCGAUUUGAUAAUCAAUAUGAUAUAUGAGUAAAAUUAGUAAUUUCAUUUGGGAGGAAUGCUGUUUUUGUCGUAUGAGGUAUUACUCCAGUCUUUUUAUUUUCUCCACCUGCUCACAAUUUGCUAGUAGCUAGUAGAAGAGAAGUUUCACCGUUGAUGGGAACAUGUCUUUGUAUACCAUAGUUAGAGGAUGACUGUUUGUACACAAUGCAGUUUCUCUGUUGUUCGUGUCCACAUACUAAAGUGUUUUACUGCAUGCCAUCAUCUACACACACACACACACACACACACACACACACACACACACACAC